AUGAAAGAUUGGUGUGCUAUUAUGGAUUGGUCACCUAAUGUGGACCACAAAGGCGAUUAUUUGCAGUUGUGGAACAAUCAUCACUUGGAUAAGGCAGUUGCUCAAUCUCAAUUAUUCAUUAACGAAUGCCGUCGAGCCUUGGGACUUUCGAUGAAAUUCUGGGUUGCUGAAAUUCAUGAAAUCGUCAAAAACACAAUAAUGCAUUUCUCUGAACUUCGAGUAAAAUGUGUUGACCUCAACGAUGCGCUAAAACAGUUGGACCUCACUGCUACACCUCACAAAAUCAAAUCGACACCGUCGAAACGGCGAUCGUUCAUUGACCUCCUGGAACUUAGGGACAAACUGAUGCGAGGAUCCACUGAACACAACAAAAAGAACGGAUCUCAUGUGUCAGUUGCAAGGUGUGCUCGCUUCGCUUCUAACUCUUUCCUGUCUUACUUUUGCAAAUUGGAGAUUCGCUAUAAUAGGGAA